AUGAUGGGCUCCGUGCUGCCCGCGGAGGCCCUGGUGCUCAAAGGGGGCCUGAAGCCGCCCGGCCUCUCCCUGGCGGAGGUCAUCACGUCGGACAUCCUGCACAGCUUCCUCUACGGCCGCUGGAGGAACGUGCUUGGCGAGCAGCUCUUCGAGGAGAAGGCCGGAGCGGGGCCCGCGGCGGGCGGCGGAGGCGCCCACGCCAACCCCAAGACGGCCUUCACGGCGGAGGUCCUGGCGCAGUCCUUCUCCGGAGAAGUUCAGAAGUUAUCCAGUUUGGUCCUGCCUUCCGAAGUCAUUAUUGCUCAGAGUUCCAUCCCUGGGGAAGGCCUGGGAAUCUUUUCUAAAACGUGGAUCAAGGCUGGCACUGAGAUGGGACCCUUCACUGGCCGCAUCAUCUCGCCGGAGCACGUGGAUCUGUGCAAGAACAAUAAUCUAAUGUGGGAGGUCUUCAACGAAGAUGGGACAGUCCGCUACUUCAUCGACGCCAGCCAGGAGGACCACCGCAGCUGGAUGACGUACAUCAAGUGUGCCAGGAAUGAACAAGAGCAGAAUCUGGAGGUGGUCCAGAUCGGCAACAGCAUCUUCUACAAGGCCAUCGAGAUGAUCCCCCCAGAUCAGGAGUUGCUGGUUUGGUAUGGAAAUUCACACAACACCUUCCUGGGCAUUCCCGGCGUGCUGGGUCUGGAAGAGGAGCAGAAGAAGAGCAAACACGAGGACUUCCACGCGGCGGAGGCCGGCGCCAGCUCGACGGGGCGCAUGCGGUGCGUGAUCUGCCACCGCGGCUUCAACUCGCGCAGCAACCUGCGCUCCCACAUGCGCAUCCACACGCUGGACAAGCCCUUCGUGUGCCGCUUCUGCAACCGCCGCUUCAGCCAGUCGUCCACGCUGCGCAACCACGUGCGCCUGCACACGGGCGAGCGCCCGUACAAGUGCCAGGUGUGCCAGAGCGCCUACUCGCAGCUGGCGGGGCUGCGCGCCCACCAGAAGAGCGCCCGCCACCGCCCGCCCAACGGCGCCCUGCAGGCCCACUCGCCCGCGCUGCCCGGCGCGCACCCGCCCGCCCUGGCGCACCACAUCCCCGCCAUGGUGCUGUGA